CCCGGCGGGGGCGGCGGGCGGCAGCCUGGUGCCCGCGGCGCGCCAGCAGCACUGCGCGCAGGUGCGCAGCCGGCGGCUCAUGAAGGAGCUGCAGGACAUCGCGCGGCUCAGCGACCGCUUCAUCUCCGUGGAGCUGGUGGACGACAGCCUCUUCGACUGGAACGUGAAGCUGCACCAGGUGGACAAGGACUCGGUGCUGUGGCAGGACAUGAAGGAGACCAACACGGAGUUCAUCCUGCUCAACCUCACCUUCCCCGACAACUUCCCCUUCUCGCCGCCCUUCAUGCGGGUGCUCAGCCCGCGCCUGGAGAACGGCUACGUGCUGGACGGCGGCGCCAUCUGCAUGGAGCUGCUCACGCCGCGCGGCUGGUCCAGCGCCUACACGGUGGAGGCCGUCAUGCGCCAGUUCGCCGCCAGCCUGGUCAAGGGCCAGGGGCGGAUCUGCAGAAAAGCCGGAAAAUCAAAAAAGUCCUUCAGUCGCAAAGAAGCCGAAGCCACCUUUAAGAGCCUGGUGAAGACGCAUGAGAAGUACGGCUGGGUCACCCCGCCGGUGUCUGACGGCUGAGGCCCGCCCCGCGCAGCAGACGCUCCGCCGCCUCUCCACACAGACGCCCGCCAUGUCCUCCUCGACGCUGAGCAUCCUCCAUCCUUUUCUACUCCAGCCGGAACUGAAUCCUGAACGCCGCCGAGACGCUUAAGUUAUUAAUGAGCAGAUGUGUUUACAGAGAGAGAGAGAGAGAGAGAGAGGGAGCAAACGCUGUUCGGGAUUAAGUUUCGAUCAUAAAUGAAUGAUCAUCUCUCGGUCACUUUAGAACAGAUGUUGAGACGGUGGCACCUCCCAGCCCACCUGCCCCUCCGCCCCGGUCACGUCGCCCUUAGCUUCUUUCCAUGACGGUGGCAGCUCCAAAGAGCAGGCAGGAAACCCGAGGCCCGCGGCCCGCCGGCCCCGUUUCCGUGUCGGUGGCGCCGUGCACCUCCCGCAGGCGCCCUGUCGCCGCUAGAUGUGUGCUGUGCUCUGUGUCUCUGUUUCUCUCCCUGGCAGGGCAGCGUCACGCGACGACGUGCCUUCCUGUGGCCCCAUGUGACAACGUGUAGACCUCAUUUGUGCUAGGUGACCUUCGGUUCACGAAAACAAAAAUCUAACAUUGCCAGGCUCUAGUGAUUUGAAACAACAACUGCCCUCUUGGUUCAAAUGUGCUCUGGUUGCCGGCGGGGUGGCUGGUGUGCGUCUGUCCACGGUGGGCCGCGCGCGCCCCUGCAGGAGAGGCCGGUGCUGUGGCCACAGGGGGCGCACGCCACCGCCGACGCCAGGUGUGUGCGCGCUCCCUGGGGCUCAGAGCAACAGCUGGUCAGAUGCGGACAGUCUCUUUCCACGUCCUGAGAGGCUCCUCCGACCGCGUGUUUCUGUUCCUGUCUUCUCCCGGCUGGUCAGCCCACCACCAAACGCAAGGGACGAUUUCCCAUUCACUGAAGUCAUCUGACGCAUUUUCUCAUGUGUGCUAGUGACAGGGAAUGCCAGAACUGCCAAAGGAGACCAAGUGAUCCUACGAUGAUUUGCAUGACCGGGUUUAAUUCUUCACCCUGUAGUCGCUUGUGUAUCCCCCGAGGCCGGGAUGCGUGAGCUCCCUCGCUGUGAUCUAAAGCCCCUGUUCUUUAAUCUCCCCACAGUUUCAUUUCUCUCUUCUGUUAAGUUACUUAGAACUUUCUAAGAAACUCCAUGAAAUGAGGAAAUACUGUUUAUAAUAAUAUGCGGGAAGAGGAAAAAUGUACAUCCAAGUGGAAAAUCUUACUGGACACAUUUUAAAUAAAAUCAUGCAUACCUGA